AUGUCACAUAACACACCCAGCCCGCUGGUGGCGCUGCUCGAUUGGUGGGGCUACCGACUGAUGUGCUACUCCAUGCUGCCCAUCACGGCCGAGACCCUGGCCUACGGCUCGGCCGACGGUGGCAACACGGUGCACAGUGGCAUCCAGGAGCUGAACAAGCGGAUCAAGGUGGUGUCGACGGUGCUCAACCUCAAGGGCCACUGGGCAGGCCUCGCCCAGAAACGGUUCCUCUACACCUGCUGCGACAUCGAGGGUCACCGCGGCGCGGACGGGCACUAUUACGUCGUGGACACGGCCCGGCUGUUUCCACCAGAGGCGCCCGUGGAGGGAGCACCGCCCACGUCGUUCCUCUACCGUCUCCUCAGGCCCGAGUUCGUGCGCGAGUACGACCGGCCGCUGUCCAGCGACGCCUUCAGCAAGUUCGGCGAAGACGACCAUCAGGCCCACAACCAAGAGGUGAGGAAUGCGACGGAGAGGCUCAAGCAGGACGUCAUCCGCCGCUUUGCCGACGAGCUGGAGUCUAACGUGGCCUCAUCGUCGUCGUGGCCCUAUCCCGGCGACACCUUGGUCCAAGAGCUUCAUCGGCGCGGCAUCAACGUGCGCGGGCUCGCGCUGCUGCUCAACCACGUGUCACAUCCGCAGCUGCGCGCUCGUCUUCUCUCCGAACUCAUCGCCCGCGCCAUCAAGUGGGACGUGAGGGCGGCCAUGCGCGGCAAGAUCAAGGCCGAGAUGAAGCGGGCUCGCGACGAGCGCCGCCGCAGGGCAGCUUCACCACCACCGCCGCCGUCGUCUUCGUCAUCGACUGCGACCGGCGAGUGCCGCAAGUGCGCGCUGGAGCGGGAGAUGCGCGGCAUGGUCUGCGAGUGCUUCCGGCGGGCGUUCGCCGACGGUCCCGCGGAGCUGUGGGCGCGCGUGCGGAGCCGCCUCUGCGCGCUCUACCCCGGCUUUGCUGCCAAGGCCGCCGGAGCUGAGGGCGGGGAGCAGGAGCAAGUGCUGCGCCACUUGUCCCUCCCGGACAUACUCCACCGCGUUGAGGCCAUGCUCGGCAUCACCUUCGCCUCCAAAGACCUCAAGCCCGGCGAGACGCUGGAGCAGGGGAUGUUCGCGGAGGAGCAGCUGGGCGGCAUAGAGAUCCGUACGAAGGAGGCCUACGUGCUGCCGCGCAUCCAGGCCGACUGCUACGCGCUCCUCGCCGCCCGCAAGAAGAGCAAAAUCGACCGAGGCGGCCCCAAGAAGCAGGAGGCGGUGUGCUAUUUCCGCAUGGCGGCGGGACUGUACGAGAACGUGAUCAAGUGCAAGGCCAACGACGAGUACGCCCUCUACAACUGGGGGCUCGCGCUCCUCCACGGCGCCGAGCUGGAGGGAACGGCGGACGGCGCGCGGGAGGCGGUGGCCAAGUUCGGGGCGUGUCUCGAUGUGUGCCGGCGCGCGGUCCCGCCCAACCACGACCUUGCCGCCCUCGGCCUCAAGGCCGCCGCCGAGUGCCUGGCCUACCUCGCCUCCCUUCCUCCCACCACAAUUGCCGGAGUCGAGGCGACGAACAAGCAGUGGCUGUUCCUUCAGGCCGAUCGGCAUUUUAGCGCCGCCUUGGCCAUUCUCACGCAGCUCUCGUCAUCGCCAUCCGACCUGUCGCCCAUCCCAGCGCCUCUUGAGGCCGCAUCCUCUUCAUCGUCGCCCUUCGACGCGCCCGCGUCGCUGACCUCCGACUUGGACGCUUUCUUUUCCUCGGCCGCCGCCCUCCUUCCCGCGGCCAGCGCGUCGGCGGCGGCGUGGGUUGGCGGCGACCACGAAGACGAGAUCCUGCGCCUGCUCUACAACUGGGCCAACCUGCGGCGCGCGUGGGCGGCGGCAGGUACGAGCGGCGGCGACGAUGAUGUCCAAGCGCGUCGUCGCACGCUCCUGCUGGAGGCCUCGCUCGCGCUCUACCAGCUGUGCAUGCCGGCCAUCGCGCGGUGGACCACCUCGGCCAAGAGCGAAAACGACGCGAAGACGAACGCGAAGAAGGAAGAAAACGGCGCCGGCGAGGAGUGGAGCAAGGGCCAGGAGGACCUGCGCGCGGCCGCGAGCCACAUCCCCACCUGGUACAGCGAGCACCGGGCGCAGCCUACGGAGGUGACCAACCACCAGCAGCCGCGGGCCGCGAAGGGCACACGCGAGGAGAAGGAGGCCAGGGACCACCGGCGGCGCGCGGCCCAGGUGCUGGCCAACUGGGGCGUGGCCCUGGUCGAGCUCGGGCGGACGGCCGCCGCCGCCACCCCGACCCCGACCCCGGCGCAGCUGCGGUGGUGGGGCGAGGCCAAGGCCAAGCUGGCGGCGGCCGAGGGCGUGGAGUCGGGCGCGGGCGCGUACAACCUGGGCUGCGUGGCCGCGCUUGAGGGCAACGCGGACGACAGCCGGCGGUGGCUCGAGAAGUGCCGGCGCGACGGGCGUGGACCCGCGGUCGAGCUGUGGAGCGGCGACAACGAUCUGGCCUCGGUGCGCGACCAGGCCUGGUUCAAGGCCCUUCUGCACCAGCCCGAGGCCACCACAGUGUAA